UUUGUUUCCCCCCUUCCCCCUAUUCAUUCUCUUUUCUGUAAUUCUGAUUUCUGAUCUUACCAGUCCCCCAAUACCAGUGAGCAGUGAUCCCCCCUCUCUCUCAUGCUGAAAUCGACGUAUGGUAAUCGAUACAUACAGAUGUAUACAUGUAUACAACCUGAAAUAUACAUGAAGCUCUUUUUGUUGAAGCUAUAGGGUUUUGAGCAUCAAUUUCAGUCUACUUAUCUGAAUUCGGAUUUGAAUGUAGAGAAGAUUAACAUAGUCUGUAAGUGAAGCUCUAAGCUGAUAAGCUAAGGAUUUUUGGGAUCGUUACGGUGUAUUUCAAAGCGGUGGUUGAUUCGAUCUAUUGCUGAAUGGAUUCGCCAACUUAUUCAUCAUCGAUGGCCACAUCGAAUAAUCGAGAAGGUUUUUCAUCGGCUGCAGUGGCGAACGAUGAGGGCGCCCUCUCCGUCAUUUCUGGACUUGCUAAGGACGCCGCUCUGCUUUUCCAAUCGGGGAAAUUCUUGGACUGUAUUAGAGUUUUGCUUCAGCUGCAGCAGAAAAAAGCAGGCGAUCCAAAAGUUCUUCAUAACAUUGCAAUUGCAAAGAGCUUUCAAGAUGAGCAUUCAUAUCCUAAGAGCCUUAUAGAAGAACUCAAUGAGGUUAAGAGGUUAUGCAACGAUCAUGCUGGUGCUGAUGGAGAUCAUUCAGAGUCCACUGGUAAUGUUGGAAGAAAAUCUGCAGCUGGCAUUAAAGGAAAUAAUAUCAUGUCAAACCAGUAUUCUACCCUACAUAGUUCCCCAGUAUUGAUUGAUGAAUUUGAUACUUCAAUGACAAUGUACAACCUAGCAGUUUCAUGGUUCCAUCUGCAUGAAUAUGCAAAAGCGUUCUCAACUUUGGAUGCAUUAUUUCAGAAUAUUGAACCAAUAGAUGAGGUAAUAGCAAAGCAUAUUUGCUUUUUGUUGUUGGAUGUUGCACUACUUUCCCAGAAUGCAAGAAGAUAUGUGGAUGUGAUUAGCUAUAUGGAGAAGGUCUUCUGUAACAAUAUUUUGGUCAAUCAAGUGGAAAAUGGAAACUCUGCCCAACAACCCUCACCCAUUUUGGCAGAAUCUGUUUCACUCACAAGCAAUUCUAUUCUUGAUGCAUCUAAUUCUGAAUCACCUCCUACUGCAAUUAAAUCAGAAGAUUCUUUAGCUAGAACAUUGUCAGAUGAGGGACUUGAAGAUGAAUUGCAUUUAAUAUCAUCUAUUGAGAUGAGUAGAAAGAAUCCACCCAAACAAUCUGGCAUACAGCAGUCUUCAAAUAUAAUUAUGAAGAACCAAGUCGUUGGGUCCAUCUCCACCAUUGAUAUGAGAGUUAAGCUACACCUUUGCAAGGUUCGUUUUCUCCUCCUUACUAGGAACCUUAAGGCUGCCAAGCGUGAAGUUAAGAUGGCCAUGAACACUGCACAUGGCAAAGAUUAUUCUUUGGCGCUUUAUUUGAAGUCCCAGCUUGAAUAUGCUCGUGGGAAUCAUCGAAAAGCAAUCAAGCUUUUGAUGGCUUCAAGUAAUAGGACAGAAGUUGGGAUGUCUAGCAUGUACUACAAUAACCUUGGUUGCAUCUAUCAUCAAUUUGGCAAGCAUCAUACCUCUGCAGUGUUUUACUCAAAGGCACUAAGUAGCUGCUCAUCUCUACGAAAGGAGAAGCCUUUAAAGCUCUCAAUCAUCUCCCAGGAUAAGUCUCUCCUGAUAGUAUAUAACUCUGGUGUGCAGUACUUGACUUGUGGGAAGCCCUUACAGGCUGCACAGUGUUUUUACAAGGCUAGUGUAAUAUUCUAUAACAAACCUCUUAUAUGGCUGCGAAUUGCAGAAUGUUGUAUAAUGGCAUUUGAGAAGGGACUCAUAACUUAUGACUCUUUGGUGUCUUCUAAUAAAUCUGACGUUAUGGUUCAUGUGGUUGGAAAGGGGAAGUGGAGGCACCUUGUCAUAGAGGAUGGACUGUCAAGAAUCAGACAGGAGAAUUCCGUGGGAAGGGAAGACUUGGCUUUUGGUGAUAGACAACCUAUUCCCUCUAUGUCACUUGCUCGGCAAUGUCUUUUGAAUGCAUUGCAUUUAUUGAACUGUUCUGAAUCAAAACAUGGUGUAUCCUCAAUGUCCAAUGCUACUGUCACAGAAGAUCAAUUGGGUGGAGCUGUAUCAUCCAAGGUUGCAAGCCACAACAUUGUGCCAGGUGGUGUUCUCAAGGCACCUGUUGUAGCAAUGUCAGGUCAGGUUAAUGAAAACGGGGAAGUAAAAGAGCUGAAGGGUGGAAAUAGUCAGAAUACCUCCCUACUGAGCUUCAUCUCUGAUUAUGAUGAUAUAUGUAGAAAGGAAAACCAUAUGAUUAAACAAGCGCUUUUAGCUGAUUUGGCUUAUGUAGAGUUGGAACUUGGGGAUCCUUUAAGAGCUCUAUCCGCAGCAAGGUACCUGCUAAAACUCCCCGGAUGUUCUAGAAUAUACAUGUUCUUGGGGAAUUUAUAUGCAGCCGAGGCUCUGUGCAUGCUGAGCCGACCAAAAGAAGCUGUAGAGCACUUGUCAAGGUAUGUAUCUGGAGGUAAAGGUGUUGAUAUUCCAUAUAGUCAAGAGGAUUUGGAAUCAUGCCAAGUGAAGACACAAGAUGAAGAGUCAAAUGGUGGGUCUAGGAGUGUAAAUUCGUUGUCACCUGAUGGAUCUCAAUGGUUAGCUUUCAUCAAUCCUGAAGAGGCACGGGGGAUUCUUUUUGCAAACUUAGCUGCUGUUUCUGCAGUGCAAGGAUCUCUUGAGCUGGCCAAAGAAUUUGCUGUACAAGCACUGUCCAUCAUGCCCAAGAGACCACAAGCUAUUCUCACUGCAGUGUACGUUGAUCUUUUGCGUGGGAACACGCAAGAAGCUCUCACCAAGUUGAAACUAUGUAGUUCUGUUAGAUUCCUUCCAACCAACCUUGCGAUGACUGGUUCUUUGUGAUCUGUAUUGGUAACUGGUAAGCUUUAUUGUUUGUCUAACCCAACCAUUUGCUUUGGGUUCAAAGGCAGUUUAACAGUGCCCUGUUAGAUUAUUUGUAUCAUAUAUAAUAUAUAGUUCAGUUGAGGGAACAAUUUUUAUUAUUAUUUCAUUUUGUUUGUCUGGUUCAGUUAAUGAAACUUGACUGAAGUUAUUUAUAAUUCAA